AUGUUUGGGGCUGGUUACAGAACGCUCCGCACUCCGCUUUUCCGAACGUCGGCCGGGCAGAGCGGUCCUCGCGUCACACGUGGAGAGCGAGCGAGCGCGCGCUCGAAAAGCGUCAUCGGAAGACGUCAUCGGCAGAGCCUAGAACGCAAUGGGAGGAGUAGCACCUGCCUGAACAGCUGUGGCGCCUUCAUGGAAUCUUGCCCCACGUCAGGCUGUGCCAUGGGGAUAGCCAAGGAAGCUACAGAACAAGUGGAUGGAGGUGCCAGCCUGUCCAUUUGCGUGGAGACUUGCUCUGAAAACACUCGCUGGGGUGGGCAGAUUGAGACCACUUUGGAGGCGAUGACCUCGACUGGAGCUUGUGUCAGUGAGGCAGACACAGCAGUCGCCCCCAGCGUGGAAAGCUGUCUCCGGGAAGAGUGGCCAUCGCAGCAGACUUCCUGCUGCAAGAAGAGGGGACGGGAGACAGCAGAAGGUGAGCCUCCUCCUAAGCAAGUGAAGAAGCAAGCUGAAGAGACAGACCAUCAGAAAGCCUGUGCAGAUGAGUUCCAAACGUCAACAGCCAUGGCUGUUACUUAUCCUGAAGGUGUGUCAGCAGCCGUCCCAUUGAGACAGAAAUCUACCCGUGGCCGGAAGCCCAAAAAGAAAGCAGAGGUUCGCAAAGGCCCCCCUCCUCAGGAGCCCAGAGUGCAAAGCGAGGUCCCUGGGACAUCGGAGAAUGGGCCUUCCCUGCCUGUGAAGGUGCCAAAGAAGCGAGGGCGCAAGUCCAAGGCAGAGCUGCUCCUACUGAAGCUGUCGCAGGGAUUGGAGUGCCAGUCGACCGAACCUCUUCACCAGCCGAAGUCACUGGCCAGUGAUGAGAGCGAAGAUUGCCUGCCUACCACUCCUGGGGGGCGCCCAAAGCGUCGGGCUGCUAAAGUGGCCCUUAUGUACCUCCAGGAACUGGCUGAAGAGUUGACAUCUGCCUAUCAACCCCCCACUCAAGGAACCUCAGAGAGCCCCCUUAGGCCUGAGGAACCUGGCAGGAAGCGACGGGGUCGGAAGCCACAUGAGCAGAGGCUGGAGAAUGACGAGGAUGCGGACUUUGUCCCCUCGGAAGAAGGGCUUCUGCAGGCUGCAGAGGAGGAGGAAGCGGCGGAGAGUGACCUGUUGCUGAGUGAGGCGUCUGAGCCUGAGGUGGAACAGAGCCUGCGGGGACCUGUGCGGCCCAAGUCCCAGUGCCGAGGGUUUGCCUCCAACGGCUUGCACAACGCUGUCAUGGCUCCUGUCUGGAAGUCUCUCAGGGUCACCCAUCACUUGCGUGAACAACUUCAUUCUCAUUGGGAGUUUCCAGAGUGGGUCCCGUCCACUCGGAAAUGGGUCUUUCUGUCUGAAAGUGAAGUGAAUGAAUACCUCCCUGGGGAGACCAAAUCCCCUCUCUUCUCCAUCAAGCGGGAAGGUCUGCAGGAGGACAGCAGCAUCCUCUACAGGAUUAACAGGUUUAAUGCCUUGCAGCCACAUGAGGAACGCUUAGACAUGACUUUCUUCGUCGGGGGGCCCAUCUGGGCCAUGGAGUGGUGCCCAACCCCUGAAGGCUCCGUGGCAUCCCAAUACGUGGCCAUCUCCUGUAACCAAGGCAUGGAUGAUCGGCACAGUUUGGUGGGAAUCCAUACAGGGCCUGCUCUUCUUCAGCUCUGGGAGCUAGGACCCAUUCAACAAGACAUGGGGUCUGCAACCAAGCCAAGACUAGCGUAUGCCAUUGCCACCAGCCAUGGCUGCAUCUGGGAUAUGAAGUUUUGUCCAAGUGGAGCUUGGGAACUCCCUGCCACUCGUCGCAAGUCUUUCCAGAUGAGCCGGCUGGGACUGCUGGCUGUGGCUUUCUCCGACGGCAAGGUGCUGCUGUAUAGCCUUCCGCAUGCCCAGGGCUUGCAUGCCUACAGGAGAGCCCAGGUAACAGAUGGGCCAUCACCACGGCACACAAUCUGCAAGGUACAGUGUGUGGCCACUUUGCAAGUGGGCUCCAUCCAGGCAGCGAGCCCCGCUGAAUGCGGGCAGUGUUUCAGCUUGGCAUGGAUGCCCACCAAGCCUCACCAUCAACUGGCCGCUGGCUUCUAUGAUGGCACUGUGGCCCUGUGGAACCUCUCCAGCAAGUCCCUGCUGCAACGGAUCCGUCAGCCCGAUGGCUCCCUCAAGCUGUACCCGUAUCACUGCUUCCUUGCCCAUGAUCAUGCUGUGCGCAACAUCCAGUGGUGCAAAGCAAACAGCAAUUUCAUGGUGACGGCAGGGAAUGACCGCAAGAUCAAGUUCUGGGACCUGCGCCGGCUGCACGAGCCCAUCAACAGCAUCAAGCGUUUCCUGAGCACGGAAAUUGCUUGGCUGCUGCCUUACAGUGGGAUCACGGUUGCACAGGACAACUGCUAUGCCUCGUAUGGCCUCUGUGGGAUCCACUACCUCGAUGCUGGCUAUCUGGGCUUCCGGGCCUAUUUUGUGGCCCCUCGCAAAGGGACCGUAUGGAGCAUCUCUGGAUCUGAUUGGCUGAACUCCAUAGCUGCUGGAGAUGCCACAGGGGAGCUGGUGGCUGCCAUGAUGCCCGACCUGUCAGUCAACCCACACAACGUCAAACGACCCUCUGAGCGCCGAUUUCCUAUCUACAAGGCAGAACUGCUUCCCUGUGGCCCAGUCAGCAUCGAUGCGAGGACAGGAGCCAGCGGGAAGCCCCCAGUGGAGGGCAGGACGUACAGUGAGUCAGUGGCCCAGAACUACAUCCAUUUUCAGGAUACUGACCUGAGGAGCUUCUUCAGGAGGAAGUCCCGGAAGCAAAUGCCCAUGCAACAAGUAAAAGAAGGGGAUGGCCUAGGCAGAUUGCAGCUGGAAGCAGUACACAAGGUUCGCUUCAGCCCCAACCUGGAUUGCCACACCUGGCUGGUGUCAGGGGGCCAGUCUGGCAUUGUGCGGGCGCACUGCAUCCGCGCGUUGGCUUCUCCCCCGAGCCGGAAACUCCUGCUUGAAUGCCAGGCCCAGUUCAGCGCCAUGUUCCAAGCUGAGGGCCCGGAGGAUGAGCUCGGAGGCAACCUGACUGGGCUGCACACUGCAGUCAGCUGA